CGAAAUCAUGCUCCAACAAAUUGGUACACUUUCAAAACAGCAAUUUCUUACCACAUUUUAAAACCGUAAUCUUCUUUAUGUAUUAGGAUACCACUGCCAAUCUCUCAACUGAGAAACACUCUCCUCUGCAUCAUUUCCUACAAUAAUGUGGUUCGCAAGGUCAAGGUUAAUUUCUUACUCCAAUUCUCUUUUUUCAUUUCACUUUCUCUUUAAACCGUUUUCUCACUCUCUGCAUCAAUUUACUCCCAAUCAUGACGCCCUUUCCACUUUCCAUAGCUUGCUCCACAUGCAUCCUACUCCAUCCAUUAUCCAAUUUAACAAGAUUUUAGGGUUUCUUGCCAAGACUAAGAACCAUUACACUACUGUUAUUUCACUUUCUCACCAAUUAGAAUUCAAUGGAAUUACUCCAAAUAUUGUUACUUUGAACAUCUUGAUCAAUUGUUACUCCCAUCUAGGUCAAUUGAAUUUUGCAUUUUCUACAUUGGGAAAGAUUCUUAAAUUAGGUUAUGAACCGACUACUGUAACCUUGAACACACUUGUCAAUGGUUUGUGCCUUAACGGUAAGGUCAGUGAAGCUUUGCAUUUUCAUGAUUAUGUGGUUGCACAUGGGCUUCACUUCGAUAAAUUUGGUUAUGCGUCCUUGAUUAAUGGGUUGUGUAAAAUGGGGGAAACAAGGGUCGCCGUGCAAAUGUUGAGAAAGAUUGAAGGGAAAUUGGUCAGACUUAAUGAGGUGAUGUAUAGCACAAUUAUUGAUAGUUUCUGUAAAGAUAAAUGUGUAGACGAUGCCUAUGAGUUAUAUUGUGAAAUGAUUGCAAAGAGAAUUUCUCCUGAUGUUGUCACUUUUAGUUCGCUAAUCUAUGGAUUUUGUAUUGUUGGUCAAUUGAAAAAAGCGUCUAGUUUUCUAAAAGAGAUGGUGUUGAAAAACAUCUACCCAGAUGUUUAUACUUUUACUAUAUUGGUCGAUGCUCUUUGUAAGGAGGGAAAUGUGAAAGAAGCUAAGAAUCUAUUAGUUGUGAUGAUGAAAGAAGGUGUAAUACCUAAUAUUGUUUUUUACAAUUCAUUAAUGGAUGGGUAUUGUCUAGUUAAUGAAGUGAAUAAGGCCGAACAUAUGUUGAGAACUAUUUCUCGAAUGGGAGUGACACCUAAUGUUCGGAGCUAUAAUAUCAUGAUUAAUGGAUUCUGUAAGAUGAAAAUGGUAAAUGAAGCCUUGAGUCUCUUUAAUGAAAUGUGUUGCAAAGGAAUUACUCCUAAUACAGUGACUUACAAUUCUCUCAUUGACGGUUUGUGCAAAUCAGGGAGAAUCUCGCAUGCUUGGAAGCUUGUUGAUGAGAUGCAUGAUAAAGGUCAACCUGCUGAUAUAUUCACUUACAGUUCUUUAAUAGACGCUUUAUGCAAAAACCAUCUUGUUGACAAGGCUAUUGCAUUAGUAAAAAGAAUCAAAGACCAUGGCAUUUUACCAAAUAUGUGCACGUACAAUAUACUUAUCGAUGGGCUAUGCAAAGGGGGUCAACUUAAAAAUGCACAUAAUAUUUUUAAGGAUCUUUUGACUAAGGGUUAUGGUCUAGAUGUCCAAACAUAUAAUAUUAUGAUCAAUGGUUUUUGUAAAGAGGGCUUGUUUGAUGAAUCAGAGGCCUUGCUGUCAAAAAUGGAGGACAAUGGUAUCAUUCCUAAUGCUGUAACGUAUGAAACUAUUAUCCGAGCUCUCUUUCGUAAAGACGAGAAUGAAAAGGCGGUGAAACUUCUUCGUGAAAUGAUUGCUAGAGGUCUACUAUAAGUGUAAUUCUAGAGUAUCUGAUAAGGAAUAUAUAAACAAGUAGCAGAAGAACAAAGAUGGGCUGCCAAGGGGAAUUAGCAAGUCUAGAAUAUAUAUGUAUGGAGUUUUUUCUCUUUCAUUUAUGAUUAGUUUGUUAAGUGUUUUUUUUUUUUGUUUUGUAGGUGAAUCGAUAAUAAUCAUUAAAAAUUCAAACACGUAUAUGUGAAAUUUCAGAUUUGAAUCGGGAUGAUUUUGUUCAAAAUAAUAAUAUCGACUUUUUUAUAUUGAAUUAAGAUAUGUGGACAGUU